AUGGAACUAGCAGGGACGUAUAUAACACAAGAUUCUUAUGAUCAAAUUCGUGAAGAAUAUCAAAAACGAAAAAAUGGUAAUUAUAAAAAUGGCGGUAUUACACUGCCACAAACACAAUUCGUGGGACCUGGUAAUCGUGUUGUCGAUGAAGAUAACAAAAGUAAUUUUAAUCAUUUGCCUGAUAACUGCUUGGAUUGGGUGGCACUACAACAUGAUGUAGAUUAUCAUAAUGCUGGCAACACUGAUUCUACACAACUACAUCAAAUAGUUGCUUUAGAUAAUAAAGCAAUAGACCAAGGUUGGAACGAAUGUCUACGCAGUCAACCUAUUGGAACAUCCAUACUAGCAAGCGGUUUGAAUAUAAAGCAGCACUUUGAACAUUGGGCAGAGACACUUAGUUGGCCGUUUGGAAAAAACAAAGCUAUUUAUCCACCGAUUACAGACAACACAAAACAAAUUAAUUGGUUUGAUAAGAAAUUGAGCAGACGUCGAGGCGAUUUACAAGGCGAAGAAAUCGUUGUUGAACCCGAUAUUAACGAGGAGGAGGGGUCAGAAACAUUCGUAGUACCAGAUAAUUACGAUUUUGAUACUGAUAGCGAUUUGGAUUGUAACUACGACGGAGGUAUAAAUCCAAACUCACCUUCAAUGAAUGUUUCAACAAAAACACCCGACGGUAAAAGAAAUAAUGAUUCGGGCCAGGGAGGUAGUGGUUCCAAGAAGACGAAACUUCCUGGUACGGGGCAUGAAACAGCUAAUGAUCCAGAUACUGGGAAUCCUAGUACUGAAAAUGUUGUCAUACCUCGCCCAUUUCAUAAAUCAACAGGAUAUACAAUGGUGUUUAGAAAAAAUCACUCAAUUAUCAGUUAUGGUUUGGCAAGUGUUCAGUUACAACUUGGAAGUUAUGCUAGCGAACGUUUGGGAACAACAUCUCUAAUGUACUUACCUGUUGACAAGCCAUAUUUUUAUAUGUCACCUUCUGAAUUUAAUAAUAUUGUCAGUAACAUAAGAGGAGUAAAAGUGUUGGAAGUAAAAUGUAAAGUAGUUAUGAGAAAUCCAAGAACUGCUUUCGAAACAAAUGCAUCUACGAGUAAUUUGGCUACUUUAAAUCAAAAUAAGUUUAUACAAUAUGCUACUGGAUUAAUUAAUAAAACAAGAGGUUUUAAUACAGUAUAUGAAUUUUCUACUGCAACCAACCCGAUGGUACCUUCAUCUGUAAAAAUAAUUGAUGAAAAAUUUAUGAAAAAAGUUAUUAGUGCUAUGUAUGGUACUAAACUUGAUGAUUGGUUAUCUCCAAAUUGGUCAGCUGGGGCUACAUUACCUUGUUCAUUCAUGAAUUUGCCAAUGCAAUUUCCGUCUUAUUACUGUAUGUACGCAAAUAGUGCACAAAACAGUGGUAAAAUAGGAUGGCAAAAUAUAACACAACAUAUUACUAAAAUGGAUGCGAGUACUGCUGUGGGAACAACAAUUAUUGAUUAUAAUUAUAAACCAACGCUAUCGUUUUUAACAAUGCCUUGGUUAUCUGUGUACUCUGGUCGCACUGAAACUGGCGGAAACAAUGUAGAGUCAUUCAAGGUUGCCGACACAAAUAGUAUCGCAUUACCUAAUAGUUACACUAUUAAUAAUAAUGACGGUACUUAUAAAGCAGACCCUAGUAAUCAAUACUCAUUGUUAACUGAUGCUAAAUGGAAAACAAUAUUUAAAAACAAUUUUAAUCGUUACGUUGAACCUAUAGAAUGUGGUCAAUACAUUAAACAAGGACUUCGUACUGCUUCAUCUGUAAAAAUACAACCAUCAUUACAUGUUGGAGUUUGCCCUGUACCACAAUUGACAACUACUAAUGCCAAUUUCGUACCAGACAAAUUUACUGAUAUAGAAUGUUUAUGGGAUAUUGAAACUGAGUUAAUAUGUGAAUAUGGACUACCAUAUACAUAUACUACAUUCCCCACUUGUCAUACAGAACUUGAAAAUUCAUCCAUGGUCGUCGAUAAAAACACAUCAGAAUCUAUGUUCUGGGAAGAGCUUAGUUCGUUUAACAAUCAAUUCAUAUCGCCGGCAUAG